AUGGCACCUAAACCGCUCUUGGCUUUGUAUCCUUUGAAUUUUGAUGGCUACUCGUACGAAAUAUAUAUUACAGCUGGAAGCAUCGGUCAUAACUAUUUUGGUCCCUGCUCGAUUUUGCAUUGCUACGAGUCUCAUAAUUCUUCGGAAGCGCACCCCCGGUCGAAGGCCAGCGUAGAGUCUUUUCACACCCACAUCGGGCGCAUCCGCGACAACAUUGUCAACUCUCACGUGCUUACGUGCAUCUAUCGGCCAAAACCUCUCGAAUACAAACAUGACGUGGAUGAAACUCUUUUUAAUAAAGUUGUUCGGCCGAGGAUAUCAUCGUACAAUGUGGAGGGUUCGAAACUGAACAUGAUGGCACCGAACGCGCUAACAUGGACAAAACUGGAAAGCAAGUGCCCACAGUCACUAGAACCCUACAUUGAAUCAUCGCUUGGAUGGUCGCUUGGAGAUUGCUAA